CCAUACAGCCUUUGCCGCCAAGUUUUUGAGUAGGUAUCCAUGACUUGCAGCCAGUUUAUUUCUGUUCCAUUCUCACAGUAUUAGUGCAAACAAAGCAACAGCAUUUUACUCUGGUGGCACUUUGAAAUACUAACAAAGUUAAUUCCCAUUUGUCCAGGCUUCACUUAUCCAGAUAAGAAACAUGGGGACAGAUUUCAGUCCAUGCAGUUUGCCUUCGUUUAUAAUAAUAAUACUUUAUUUAAAGUGGUGCCUACAAACGACAGAUUUAUCCAGGGUUCCGUUUACAGAUCUGGACAAAAAUUUCCAGGAACCUGUGUUGAGUCCGAGACAAUGUGCAACCUAGAUUUCGUCAAGAAGGGGCGGCAACCUUGAGGAAGUUUUCCCUCUCUCACUGUACCGAUGCACUGCACAUUGACCAGUCCAGUGUGCUGCAGAUGAUUCAUGGAGUGAUGAAAACUGUUCACUUGCAGAGCUGUGUUCUCUAACGCGGAAACUAAACUUGACAGCUGUGGACAGCACAAUCGUUCUGGAGUAUGUCAACAUUGACUUGCAUGAUGACAACAGCACCAUGAUUAGGGAUGAAGAUAUUAUUAACAUUGUCACUUACACUGAUGACCAGCAUGUAUUCAAUGACAGUGAGUAACGCGGUGUCAUGACCCUUGAGAGCGUGUGAAGUGCAUGGAAAACGGCCCUGGCAUUGUUUGAGCAAAAGGAUAAUGUUUCUCAAGUGGACGUCAUCAGUAAGAGUUCACAAAGACUUCGACGAAGAAACCCCAGCAGGUUCCGGCCGCGGGGCCCAGCGCCCUGAGCAGUUGCGAGGCAAUGCGCCCUGCUGCAACGGACGCCGAGGAAUUUGUUCUCGACGACCGAGACCUUCUUCGCCUGCACGAGCUACCGUAUAGACGGAAAGCACCACAGAGGUGCCUGCACCCAGCGGCUCACCUGCGGACAGUUUCUAUCAUCGACACCUUGAGUGCUUUGGCUCAGGGUGCAGCUGAUCGUGAUUACCCCCUCCCCAAGGUGACAAGAGGUGCACCACCACGUUACCAGCGAAAAGCUGCGCCACAACUUUCCUAUGCACGCCGUCAUCGGAGUCGUGGGGAGUCUACGAGGCUGUGCAUGUCGGACAGUGAAGUGAAGGGUGGAGAUGCGGGCUCUGUGCUUUCUUUGCGCACACAGCCUCCUCCCAGGAAGGCACCGUCCCAUCAACAUGGGCCGGGUGCCACCAGCACACCUUUGCGAAAUAGGACUGAAAGAUCAGGGAAUCCAGUAACGACACGUGCCAGGGGAUGGACCAAAGUUCCAGAUUGGAUUCGGGCCAUCUUUCGUGUAGCCAGGAAGGGGGACCUUGACUCAUUAGUGGCAAGCUUGCGGGACAUGGAUACAACACUGAUCUGGAACUUAUCAGACAGUCGUGGCAACAACUUGUGGCAUGUAUGUGCGGCUUGCAACCACCUGCGCUGCUUCCAGUGGCUUUGUCAGAAGGAUGUCCAUCACGUGAUUACAGACGAGAAUCGUAGCAACUUGACACCUGUUGGUUGUGCAGUAAAGCAUGGCAACGUACAGAUUAUCCAGUGGUUGAUCAGCAAGAACAUUGCGCUAGAUCAACUGAACCCAUCAGAAGGCCAGAGGACGCUACUUCACCUGGCGGCAAAGUAUGGCCAGGAGAAAAUGGUGCACUGGCUUGCUGAAUAUAUGAAUAACAAUGACCUGAACAUCAACAGAAAAGACAGUGAGGGCAAUACAGCUGUUCAUCUAGCUGCAAAAUAUGGUCACGUGACUGCUCUCAAGGUCCUCAUCUUACACGGUGCCGAUAUCACAGCCAAAAACGAACAAGGAUUACGGCCGCAUGGGAUAGCAAAGCACAGUGGCAAAUUAGCGUGUGCUGAUUAUCUACUUACAAUAGAAGCUUGCCUGUCAUUGUCUUCAGAGCACAUCAUCACGGAAGGCAAUUUUCAGUGCCUUCAGCAGGAGAAUGCUGAAAUGAGAAACGGGUUUAAAGAGCUCCUUGUGUUCACCAAGAGACUGCUAAGGCGCCAGGAAGAAAUGCUGCACUACAUGCAAGCCAUCUGCAACAGCAAUGAAACAGUAGCUUCGGACGAGGCUGAAUCUGAUUUUAACUCCCUUCCCCGAAACUUCACACAAGAAAGCAAAGAAGGAAAUGACACAAAGCUGGCCAAGGUGCGCUACGUUUUAGAGAAAACACAAACAAAAGUGUUGCCCGAAGAAGAGACAAGACUUCUGCAGAUGGAAGAGAAAUGGCGUCGUCUGCGUACAAAUAAAUGUGUGCCAGAUACGCGUUCUCCUCUGGAUCUUGUUCGGUCUCACUUUGCACAAGCACUUGCGAAGUACAGUGAUUCGAGCAUCCCGACAGAGGUACAAUUGGUGUCUUCUUCAGGGAGUUCCCUUUCAAACUACAGCGAGGAAAGCGCAGCUGAAGAAGAUGAAAAGAGGACACCUGCUUGGCUCACGGCAUCUCAGCAGCCAUGGGAUCAAGCAUUACUUUCUCAUAACAAAGUUCAGGCAUUCCUUGACAGCUUGAUCUUGCCGCAGACUGCUGAUGUUAAGUCUAGCAAGGAAGUCAAGAGCACAGGAGUCAAAGUGAUAACUGGAAACGCCACUAGCUUCAAGUCGAGAAGUGACGAGCACAGGAAAGAAGGUGACCACAACCACGAAAAUGUCAGUCUCAAGGUUCUGUUUGAGAAAAAUCCAGAACUGCGACAGGAAGGACAGACAUGUUCAGUUCUUGAAGUUUUGGAACCCUCAAGCAGUGAAGGUGAGGAGGAAUUUGGUAGAAAGGGAAUCAAGAACUGUGGCAGUGGAGACAGCUCCACGAGUUCCUUCAGGUCGACAAAAGGAUACAAGAACUCGACAUAUCGAGUGACAGAAAACAAAGGAAAGAAAAGACCACCACCACUGAGGCCUGAUGUGCAGGUGGCAACGAUGAAAGAUAACAGCCAUUCCAUCUUAGUGACCAACUUAGCAGACUUGCCAGACAGCAGGUAUAGGUUCAGUCUCAAGAUUCAACAGUCUCAAGAUUGCGAGCACAGUAACUUGGAAGGCCAGCAGUCAUGUUCGGAGGACACUAUCGUUAUUGAGAAGGCACCCCAAACUACAGAAAAGAGGAAUAAGAAUGGUGAUCACCAGCUCAGUUAUCCAGAACCUGACUUGAUACGUGGUACAAAGCAAGCCACCCCUCCUUCUCCUCCCAGUGGGAGCAUUGUGGAUGUUAGUGUGUUAAAUAAUUCGGUCCAGGAGAGCAUCCCUUCUCGGGACACUGUGUCUCAAGAAGGUAUUAGAGAGGAGGAAGUAGAAGAAGUGCGAGACAAUGUUGUUGCACCAAUGCUUGAGAGGCAAGAGUCUAUGACAGAAGCUGCUCCUCUAGGAGGAACAAAAAAGAGAAGCGGCUUCCUGCUCAAGUUCUCACUGAAAGGCCGGUGGACAUCGAAGCAGAAGCAGCAGCAGCAGCAACAACAGAAGAAAUGUGAAGAGAUAAGCCCCGAAGAGUUCCGGGAGACUUACACAAGGAACGGUGCCACUGAAAUUCCCUCACCGUCCCCCUCUAGUCACGAAAACAGAGCAGACGACAGUUGCCUGCAGGAGCACGUCCCAUUCCUACCUCAGGAAAUCCUUCAUAAGGAACCCCCACCGCCAAUGCCUAUGAUACCAAUGAUCAGACGUGAACCACCCCCGGUACCUCUGCAUGCACCAUCCAUCUCAAACGAUGCCACUCCAUCGUAUAAAGAAGGAAACUCGUCGGAAAACGGCCUCAUUUACAGCUCUUCUAGCCUUGCACGGCCAGAGUCUAUUCUUUCUAAAAUUACGGGAGGCUCGCUAUCAAGACCAGCCUCAUCCGCUUCGCAGACAGAGGAUCAUCGGAGAAGUAGAAGUGCAGGGUUUAUGUUACAGAAAGCUCUCUCCUCUAAUGAACUACUGUUGCACACGCCAGACUCCUCAGUAGCAGGGAGGCAGUCUCCUGCACCAAGUGAGGUGUCAAAGACUGAGAGUGCCCUGUCACCACCAAGUGAUGUGUCUAAGACAGAAAGUGCCAGACAUCCACCCCAUUUGGGAAAGAUUGAGGAAAUUGUGGCAGGCCAGAGUGGAGAAGCAGCAUCGAUGAAGAAGGUCAUGUUAUCAACGGACGUGGGUAUGAAGAAAGAAGCAGAAGUAGCAGAAGCAGCUGUUACCUGUCUGCAAGAUGCUGACACGCAACAGGAAAAGACAAAGAAAGCAACACUGUCUGUCAAGAAGAUCAGGAAGAGUUCAAGACCAUGGUACGAAGUGUCUGAUGAAGAGGACAUAUUGAUACCAGACAAGUAUCAAACGGCAAGGGCACGAAGUAGCUCGGACGAUGAAGUAGAAGUUGCUGUUGUUGCAUGACGUCUUCCCGGUAUGCACAUGUGUGUAUCUAUGUGUUACUCCCAAGUGCAGUACCCUCUUGCUGCUGAUUCUCUGAGAAUUUUAGCAGAUUUAGAUGUAAUUGAAGUGCUAGAGUCAUAUUUAAAGAUGAUAACUUGAGUAUAGAAAUACUGAACCCAAUUUAAUUGAAAGCUCUACCUCAUUUCAAGGUUGUCAGUGUCAGUAUUUAAACAAGAGGGUACUGCAUCGUGAGGGCCCAAACUUUACCAAAACAAUACUUGUCCAUGUGUGCCUGUAAUGCCCAUUUGUUGCCCACUAUACAACGCUAUUACUUGUCUUGUACUGUGCUCAUCUGGAGCUUGAUUCAUACAUUCAAGCAUCACUUUACUACAUUUUGGUGUAGAAUGACUUAAUUUCUUCUGCACCCAUGAACACCAAUAUCACCAGACACCAUCAUUGUCAGAAAUUUUGUAAAACUAGUGGUAUCCUUUGGAAAGGGAAGACAGUAAUAUUUGUAAAGCAUUAUUCAAAUUUUGUGUGCACAUAUUUAUCCGGUUCAGACUUACCCCUCUAUUUUCUGUAGUGGGUUUUGAUUGCAAGGAGAAAUAAUAUGAGGGUCAUUGGUUGUAUUUGUUUGACAAUGAAAAUCAUAUUAAAAUGUAUCCUAGAGUUUCAUAAAACUUCAGUUAUAAGCAUAACAGCCUUUUUUUUAAAUAUAUAACUACCUCUUUUCAACUCAAUCAAAGUGUUUCAAAACUUCCUUGGAAGGCCAUGUGGCUACAUGACUGCUCGCAAUCAUAUCUAAGUGUCUUGCAUGCAACCACAAUCUGUUCCUAAGUUCCAAUUUAAGUUGCACAUGUAGAGCAGUGUUGUGUAGUUCUAUUGUCUACUUAGUAAUAUUUUCAGUUUUCAGAUACUUACUGCUGCCAGUGUGCAGUUGGUUAUUUUCCUGUUAUGUGUACCUGUUCUCUUACCACUGGGCAACAGUAUAUAAUGGAUCGUAACACAAUAUCCUGGGCCAUUGUCCAGGAGUGACCUAUGAAGAGAAGGAAAUUGUUCGCUUUUUGUGACGUCCUCGUUGUGUAUCAAGAAUAAAGUUUACUUGUGAGGAGAUGUUACAGCCACAGCAGUAUACUACCUAAUGUACUGCUAUGUGGGAAGUUGCCAGUGGAAACUUAAAUUGCUUUGAAAGAUAAGAAGCAUUCUAAAACUCAGGGCGUUUUUUUUAGAAAUCUACUUUGUUAUGUCGUUAUGUAUUUGUCAUAAUGUAGGGCUAUGUGUAAGAUAUGUAAGAGGCAUAUUAUUUAAGACACGAGGUAGCGUAUGUGUGCCUCGAAAUUUUCUCACAUUUUUCUCGUCCUAAAUAAUAUGUGUGAUUCCAGAAAAGUGCUUGGCCUUGUAUAUUUGUCCAUCUUUAUUACCAAGUAUGUUGUUGAGAUUUCAUAUUGGGAACAGUGCUAAGAGUGUUCAUGUUUUGAUAGGUUGGUUUUUUAAAGACGGGUAUUAUUGGAGGAGAAACACUCUUAUCCCAAUUGCACAUUCCGGUGCUUGCGUCCUGUGUCUUACACAAAGUAUUUGUGUGUGCCAAUCAUGUACAUAACAUUUUCUUGUGUAGCAUACAAUCCUGACUCAUGUAUAUUAGAACUCUGUUCCUCUUCACUGACACAAAUCAGCAUUGUUCUUGUAUACUAGUAGAGGACACACUCUAACAACUUCAUUGACAAAGGCCUCCAUAUUGGAGCUGGUGUCAUGUUCUAAUUUAUCACAUUGCUAAUACAGCCUUAUUUUGUACAAAUCUGUGUGCUUUGUAUCAAAGAGGAAUAACUGCUACUUACACUCUUUUAUUGAACAAAUAAAUAUAAGAUAACUCGUCA